AUGAAUCUCUUCAAUUAUCAGUAUCUCGGUCGAGAACAUUUGAAAGGUCUUAAUGAAUACAAGUAUAAUGCGGUUGAUACAUCUCCAGUGUCGAUUUAUGUCAUGCAACCAUUUUGGAAUCGGUGUGUGGAGUUCUUUCCACGAUGGUUUGCACCGAAUUUAAUGACAUUUCUUGGCUUUCUGCUGCUCGUUUUCAAUUUCGUUAUGUUUUCUUACUACGAUUUUUACUUUACCGAAGCACUCGCUCUUCCACGAUGGAUAUGGCUCGUUGCCGCUCUAUGCCAGUUUUGUUCACAUCAAUUAGACGGAAUGGAUGGAAAACAAGCUCGUCGUACUAAAUCAAGUAGUGCACUAGGAGAACUGUUCGAUCAUGGUGUGGAUUCAUGGGCCUGUUUUCUCUUUCCCGUCUGCAUUUUUUCCGUUAUAUCCAAAAGUGAAUAUGGUUUCAGUCCAAUGGCUAUGCAUAUGCUUUUAUGGAUCAUUUACCUGUCAUUCAUUGACUCGCAUUGGGAAAAAUACAAUACCAAAGUCUUAUAUCUGCCAUGGUCCUAUGACAUAUCGAUGCUGAUCAUGACUAUUACUUAUCUAUUAGCAUAUUUUUUUACUCCAGCUGUUUUCCAUUUCGAUGUUCCAAUAAUCAAUAUCCCAUUUGCAAGAUGCGUGGAAAUCAUCUGGCCUCUAUUUGCAAUAUGUACGUCUGUUCCCAUUAGUAUUAAGCAUAUUCAAGAAUCGUAUAAAAAUGGAACCGGUUAUAACCGAACGUACUACGAAGCACUUCGGCCAUUGAUCUCACCAGCAAUUUUGUUUCUCUCGUCAACUUGGUGGGGUCUUGCUUCUCCUCAUAUGAUAAUGCAGAAACAAUCGCGAAUAUUUUUCUCCGCUGUCGGUGCGACUUUUUCGAACAUUGCCUGCCGUCUUGUCGUGGCUCAAAUGACCUCAACGCGUUCGGAUGGCGUCAAUAAUCUUCUCUACUGUUUCGUUCCGAUACAAAUCAUGUCUGUCUACGGUGCAUUUAGUGAAAAAAUGGAAUUCAAACUUUUGUUUCUUUUGAAUAUUUUUGUUAUUUUGGCACAUUUACAUUACGCCAUUUGUGUGGUUCGACAAAUUUGUGAUCAUUUGAAUAUUCGUGCUUUUAAAAUUACUGAUCAAUCGAAACAACCACCACCAGCUGAAGUUCAUGUUAAACAUCAAUAA